AGAGGGAACAAUGUGGCAAAGUUCUGUUCAUAAUCGUGGUCGAUUAUGUUGCCACACAACACUUCCCUCUGACGUCUGUGAAGACUGGAGCACAACUGAUCAGCCCAGUUUUUACAAUCACAUAACGUUUCACGCGCAAACACGUCUGCGCAUGCGCCGCGGUGUAUAAAGCCCAUGGCCGUGACGUCACCGCCAGCUGGAGUCCUGCACGGAUUAAAGAUGGCGCCCUCUCAUGUACUGAGGUGCUGUCAACGGGCGCUUAACUGGAUACCUGUACUGUUUAUAAACCUCGUUGUCGGUUGGUCUUAUUACGCUUAUGUUGUGGAGCUCUGUGUCUAUACAAUCCCGAAUAAUGCAGAACGAAUCAGCUAUUUGGUCAUCUUUCACAUUUUCCUCACCAUGUUUGUAUGGUCCUACUGGAAAACUAUUUGCUCCAGACCAGCCGCAGCCUCAAAAGCAUUCGGUCUGCCCAGAGCGGAGAAGGAACUGUACGAGAGAGAGGAGCGAGCCGAGACGCAGCAAGAGAUUCUUAAGAAAGUAGCGAGGGAUUUACCCGUGUUUACGCGCACGGCAGGAGGAGCUAUCCGGUACUGCGACCACUGCCAGAUUAUCAAGCCUGACCGCUGCCAUCACUGCUCUACCUGCGAGAUGUGUGUGCUGAAAAUGGACCAUCACUGUCCCUGGGUGAACAACUGUGUUGGAUUCUCAAACUACAAGUACUUUGUGCUGUUCUUGGCGUAUGCCUCGCUGUACUGUGUAGUCAUUUGUGCUACAGUCAUCAAGUAUUUCAUCAAAUUUUGGACGAAACAGCUUCCUGACACGCACGCCAAAUUCCACAUCUUGUUUUUGUUUUUCGUGGCUGCCUUGUUCUUUGUCAGCAUCCUGUCACUUCUCAGCUACCAUCUGUGGCUUGUGGGAAAGAACAGAACCACUAUAGAAGCUUUUCGGGCUCCUGUCUUCAUAAACGGUCAAGACAAAAGCGGGUUUUCUCUGGGCUUCAAGCGAAAUGUGGCUGAGGUGUUUGGAGACGAAGCAAAGUACUGGAUAUUUCCUGUUUUCUCAAGUCUAGGAGAUGGACUUUCCUUUGUUACUAGAUUGGUCCACAUAGAUCCUGAACAAGCAAACAGUGUCCUCCAGCACAAUGGCAAAAGCCCUGCUGAUGGAAAGGCUGACCCUUGUGUGCUUGGUAACAAUAUUCAACACACACCGGACGACAGCAAAGAGAAAAACGACGCAGGCCAGACGGUCUCGGUGACGAUGGAGAGUGGGCCGUAGCAGGCCCACCGGUGGACUACGAUGCCUUAAACCGGGAGCACCAGCACCUACAGGAGCCGUCCUCCACCCUCAUUUUGAGUUUGAGAGGAGAGCCUCAAGAAGCUUGUUUUCUACGUACUUUAGAUGGACCGUCCUUCAUCCAUUGUGCUUUAAAACGGUGCCGCGACCGUGCUGUCGUCAUGUCAACAGGGACUGUGCAGCGGCCUCGUAGAUCGCACCUGUGUGAGGUGAUUCACAUGUUUGGUUUUGAGUCUUGGACAGUAAAAAUGUUUUUAUUGUUAUUACAUCUGAAGAGAUCGGACUUUCUAUUCUUCAUCAUGUCGAAUCAUGUCUGCAUUAGCUGUUUUUAUUUUUAAUUACAUCAUACAUUCCUACUAGAUUAACAGCCGUUGUCAGUAUUAUUCCAGCUUUAAUAUUUAAACGAGAGCAAUGGGAGCCACUAAGCGAGAUGUGUUUAACUCCGACAAAGUGAACCAUGUCUGAUCUGUUUUAAACUCCAAGCACAGUGUCGUUAUUUUGAGCAGCAGUCAGUUAUGAUUUUGUUUACAUGUUAGAACAUUUUUAAAGGGUUUUCUGUUUACACUUUUGAGCGAUUCAUUGUUUUACUUUUCCAAUUUUAUACUGUGGAAACAAAUCUGGUUACACAUUUCAAACUAUUUGAAAGACCUAUCCAAUACUUAGGAAUGUAUAUUUGUCAAUGAGAUGGCCGUUUCUAUUGCAAUAUAUUUAUUUAUGUUUUAUGCUUUUAUAAGUUAGUAGUCUUUCAUUUUGAGGAAUUUAUUUAAAUUAUUUAUUAUUUUGUUGCAUAUUUUGCUGCUCAACAGAAUAUUUUCGCUUUCACGCAGCUCUUUGCACCAGUGUUUUUUUGUUUUGUUUUCACUUAAUCUUUUUUAAUGCCGGUAAUUUAAAUAUCUUUAUUUAUUUUUUUAAAUAAAGUCAAGUUAGAGGUUGGAAAGUAAGAUUACAAAAUGAAACCCAAGGACAUUUGAUCAUGUGUCCUUGUGCCUGAAUGAGUGAAGAUAAGAAGGACUUUAUAGAGCAGUAAUGAAGUACGUUGCUGUCAUCACACAAGCUCAUCCCUGUGCUCCUGGCAGUAGACAAUAAUGAUGUAGAUGGUUACAAAUUCUCACAGCAGUUUAAUGAAUAACUUCACUUACUGAACUUGGCUUAAUGUGUCCUGAGCAGCUGGAGCUGGCGAUGAAGUUUGGCCCGUAAAGAACUAUUUUUCAUUGAGACAAAACUGUUCCCACAAGGCGUCCUUCAUUGUUCUAUAACAAUAAAUGUUUAAGAAACAAAUAUGUCAUUCUUUGUUUUACACACUGGUAAAAUGCGUAUUUUAAAGGAUAACUCUUAAUUGUAUGAACAAAUCUUCCCCCUCGGGAUGAACGGCCAUUUUGGUAAAUCCUCAUAUUUGCGUCCUUCUCCAUCAUCAAGUAAAUAUUAAAAUAAUUCCAAUAUGGCUGGUUAUGACUAAAUGAAUGAGAAUAAAUAAAUACUUUUAUGACAUUA